CUUGGCGGGCGGACCGGCCGCCAUGGCGUCGCCCCCGCUGUCGGCGGCGGGCGGCAGCGGCGGCGAGCUCAGCUCGGGCUCCGAGCCGGCGGCAGCGCUGCCCGCCCGAGACCUGCCCGCCCUCUUCGAGCAGGCGGCCGAGCGGCUCCCCUCGCUGCUGCCCGCUGCCAGCAAGGAGCAGCUGCUCUAUCUGUACGCCCGCUACAAGCAGGUGAAACUUGGAACCUGUAACACUCCCAAGCCAAGCUUCUUUGAUUUUCAAGGAAAGCAGAAAUGGGAGGCUUGGAAAGCCCUGGGAGAUACCAGCCCUCACCAAGCUAUGCAGGAGUACAUUGCUGCAGUGAAAAAACUUGACCCCAGUUGGAAUCCACAGACACCAGAGAAGAGGGGGAAGGAAAGCAAAACUGUGUUUGGAGGCCCAGUCAUCAGCUCAUUAUAUCAAGAAGAAGAAAUAAUCAGGGAAGAGGACAAGAACAUUUUUGAUUACUGCAGAGAAAACAACAUUGACUAUGUAACCAAAGCCAUUCAAUCAAAAAAAGUGGAUGUGAAUGUCACAGAUGAGGAGGGCCGGGCUCUGCUCCACUGGGCGUGUGACAGAGGACACAAGGAGCUGGUUUCAGUGCUGUUACAGAACGCUGCUGACGUGAACAUCCAGGAUGGGGAAGGCCAGACUGCACUCCAUUAUGCUGCCACCUGCGAGUUCUUGGACAUCGUGGAGCUGCUGCUGCAGUCGGGAGCCGACCCCGGGCUGCGGGACCAGGAGGGCUGCCUGCCCGAGGAGGUGACGGACUCCAAAGCCAUCACUUCGGCUCUGCAGCAGCACGGUCCCCCCGAGCCCUGACCCCCGGGGGCACGGGGAUGCUCUGCAAUAACACCCCUUCCCCCUCCCCGCUGCCCUCCCCAAACACCUCGGGGGUUCGAGGGGACCUUUCAAAGCACAGGGUCUGGCUGGGCUCUCCAUGCCUUCCCCCAUGCCCUGAGCAGGACUGUGUCAGAGCUCAGUGUGCUCUGACGUUCAUCAGUGUUUGAGGGGGGAGGGAGAGGGCCUGGAGGAGGCUCCAAGUAUUAUUUUAAUGGAUCAAACACGAGUACUGUAUGGGCUGUCUCACCAGAACAGUUGGGCUGACCUGUCGGCUCCUCCGUGGGGAUGCAGGGCCAGGUGAGGUGCUCAUCUCUCCCGUUCAGGCUGAAUUUUGGUUUGGUUCUUUUUUUUUUUUUUUUUCCCUGGGUCCAAACAAAUAAUAGAAAUAAAAGCACAGUGUUGGGA